AUGCCAGUCUACUUCAAUAACAAAGCAGUUUCCACUGGGAGAGAUCUCCUCCAUACCUUGAUCAAGAUGGGGGAGACAGCUAAAUCUCAUCUUGAUGGCAUCAUUAACAAUGCUGGCAUAAUCAUGCCAGUCUACUUCAACAAUUUCCAGCAUCAAGCUACCAAGAAUGCCAGUCUUAUUACUGAUUUUAACAUUUUUUAUACUCUGAACAAGCUUAAUAUCAUCAUAAUUAUGCAUGACUUUGAAUUGAACUUGAGAAAUGGAUUCUUCAACUUUAUUAAAGAAAAUAAGUACACCAAAGACCUGCAAGACAGCCAAGACUGA